AUGACGAUAUUAGUGGCUUCUUUACUAUUACCUUAUAAACCACAAUUUCAAAUUGAUAAUGAUAAUGAAUUCUUAUCAAAUGAUACAAUAGAUAGAAAUUUAAUUGAAAUCAAUCAAUUCAGACCGAAAUCGCCCCCAAUUAUGUCAAAUAAUAGAAAUAAAUCAACUGAAUCUUUACCAAGAAUUAAAUCUGCAAAUGCCAUUGAUGAAAUGGUAUUGACAUCAGAAGAAUUUAUGCAUAAUUUAACCGCUAAUGCAACAACUAACGUUACACCCAAAAAUGAACCGAAUUUAACUAAAACAUUUUCUGCAGAGGACUUUUUCUUAAAUUCAAAUAAAUCUACUUCAAGUGUAAAUAGUUUAACGAAUCUUGCCGGUUUAUCAAAUGAAAAUGUUGCAGAUUCUACAGCAAAUCUUUUAAAAAAUGUUAAUAAAUCUUUAUUGAAAAGUACUCUAAUUAAAUCGAAAAGACCAAAUUUAAUUCAUUCAAGAUCAACUAUUGUGACACCAAAAUCAACCGCAUUGCCAGAAUCAAAUUCUCCAGUCGCAGAUUUUAACAAAGUUAAGCAAAACAAUUUUAAUAAUGCAAAACCUUUUUCCGUUAAAAGAUUCCCAAAACCUGUACCUACUAAUAAAAACGUUGCACCACCAAUAUAUGUAGAAGAUUCUGAUUUGGAAUCAGAAAUUUCAGAUAUUCCAAUCGCUAAAUUCGGUGGAAUAUCUCAUACAAAUAAAAUGUUAAAGGCAUCAAUUUUAAAUCGUGAUAAAAUUGAUCUUUUUAAUAAAAUUCCAUUCAAUAUAGUACCAAAUCCAAAAGGUAAUGGCUCUUUGAAGAAUGCGAUUAAUCAAACUAUUGUAGAAAAUGAAAAUUUAGAUCCAAAAGAUAAUGUCAACUGGAUUGGUACAAUAGGUAUUCCAACUGAUGAAUUACCAGAUAAUGUUACUACGAAUAUUGCAAAUCAAUUAAAAGAUGAUUACGAUUCAUUUGCAAUUAUACCAGAUGAUAUCACUUUUAAUGGUCAUUAUAAAAAUUUUUGUAAACAAAUAUUGUGGCCGACUUUACAUUAUCAAAUUCCAGAUAAUCCAUAUUCAAAGGCUUUUGAGGACCAUUCCUGGAAUUAUUAUCAAAGGCUAAAUGAAUUGUAUGCAGAAAAAAUUGUGGAAAUUUAUAAACCAGAUGAUGUCAUCUGGAUUCAUGAUUAUCAUUUGUUACUAUUACCAAGAUUAAUUCGUAAAAGACUGCCAAAAGCCAAAAUUGGAUUCUUUUUACAUCUAUCAUUCCCAUCAAGUGAAGUCUUUAGAUGUCUAGCUCAUAGAAACGAGAUUCUUGAUGGUAUGUUGGGUGCUAAUUUCAUUGGUUUCCAAACAAAUGAAUAUUUAAGACAUUUCUUACAAACUUGUAAUAGAUUAUUAAUGACUGAUAUCACAAGUGAAAAUGAAUUGAAAUAUAAUGGUGAUAUCAUUAAGAUGAAUUGUUGCCCCAUUGGUAUCGAUUCAUUCAAUUUGACUUUACAGAUUUUUCAAAAUGAAAAUGUAUUAAAUUGGAAAAGCUUAAUCAGAGAAAGGUGGAAUAAUUAUAAAUUAAUUGUUUGUAGAGACCAAUUCGAUAGAAUUAGAGGUUUAAUCAAAAAAUUAUUGGCAUUUGAAAGAUUUUUGAAAUUAAACCCACAAUAUAUUGAUAAAGUGGUUUUAAUUCAGAUUUGUAUCGGUAAUCAAAAUGAUCAUGACUUAGAAAGACAAGUUAUGAUUAUCGUCGAUAGAAUCAAUUCUUUAUCUUCAAAUAUCAGUGUCUCUCCACCAGUUGUUUUCUUACAUCAAGACCUUGAAUUUGAACAAUAUUUGGCUUUAAAUUGUGAGGCCGAUAUGUUCUGGGUCAAUUCUUUGAGAGAAGGUAUGAAUUUAACUUGUCAUGAAUUCAUUGUAUCAUCAUUAGAAAAAAACGCUCCUUUAUUAUUAUCUGAAUUUACAGGUUCUGCAUCAGUACUAAAUAAAGGUAUAAUAUCUAUUAACCCAUGGGAUAUCAAAGACGUGUCAGAAAAGAUUAAAUUUGCAUUAGAAAUGUCACCUUUUACCAAGAACUAUAAUUGGAAACAAAUUAUGAAAAAUAUAAUCAACCAUGAUUCAGAAAACUGGGUUGUUAGAAAUUUAAAUGGUAUAAAUUCAUCUUGGGACUCAAUUAAAGAAAGAUCAAUGAUAUUUAGAUUAUCGUAUGAUGAAAUUCUACAAAAUUACUUGGAUUCAAAGAAAAGAUUUUUCAUUUUAAAAAUUUCAGAACCACCAAAUUCAAGAAUGAUUUCAAUUUUAAAUGAUUUAGCCACUAAAAACAUCGUAUUUGUCAUGAAUUCAUUUUCGAAAUCAACGUUAGAAAUCUUGUAUAGUCGCGUCCCAAAUAUUGGUCUAAUGGCAGAAAAUGGUGCAUAUGUAAGAAUUGAUGGCUCAUGGUACAACAUCGUAGAUCAAGUGGAUUGGAAAAAUGAAGUAGUCAAAAUUUUUGAUGAUAAAAUGGAAAGGCUACCUGGUUCAUAUUAUAAAAUAUCUGAUUCGAUGAUCAAAUUUCAUACAGAAAAUGCGGAAGAUAAAGAAAGAGUUCCAUCCGUCAUCGGUGACGCAAUUACACAUAUUAACACCUUAUUUGAUGGUAAAGAUAUACACGCAUUCGUCCAUGAAAAUGUCAUCAACGUUCAACAGACAAAUUUGUCCAUUAACGCAUUGGAAUUCAUUAUGAAAUUUUACAAUACUACCACGGUCACUGAGCCCGAGCCAAGUUCCCCCAUUGCAGUACGUAAAUCACCUGCUUUCAAUUUUAGUGAUGCUAAUAACAACAAUGUAAACGAAAAUUCCCAGAAUCCAAUUGACUUUAUCUGUGUGACCGGUUCAUCAUCUCCCGUCAUUGACCCUAUUUUCAAAUAUUUGAAAACAGAAUUAUCCAAAGAUGAAAAUAUAAAGUACCAGCAUUCUGUUAUAUACGGUACAAAUACUUCAACCUAUGCAAAGGAGCAUGUUAAUGGAUUAAACGAACUAUUCAUAGUUCUGGAUAAAUUGUCAAAAGUUUAG